UUGGUUCACGUUACGAGCCGGGAAAAGAUUUCUCACUCCCAGUCUCGUGCUUGCAAAUUGCAAUGUUCAAUUUUUGCUAAAAACUAAGAGUUGUGGUGAGUUUAGUAGUUAUCAAUUUUAUUUGUUCCUUGGGGAUUUAGUUUAGUUAAAACCAACACGAUGCCAACCUGGGUCGACUGUUCGGAAAGUGUGGAGGAAGCACUGGCUCGUUUGGAUGCAGAAAGCAAGGCGAAUGCUGCGGCGAGAAUGGCCAAGAAAGCGGCAGACGCUGCGGCCGCGGCUGCUCCUAAGCAACGCCCCCUCUCUGGAAAUGCGCUAAUUGACGCCAUGAAGUCUGAAGAUCUGGCGAAAUGUCGCAGCCUCUAUCCAGAACGGGGUGGCGAUCCUUACAAGCCUUCCUGGUGGAAUAUCAUGUUUGGAGGAGAAGGUCGCGAAGGGCUCGAUAAGAUCAAGUGUGAGAGGAAUGUGUGGCAGAUUGCGAAAAAAUCACAUCUCGUCCGAAUUUUGCUGGAUGCUUUGAAAGCUUCAGGAUGUGAGGUGGACAUUCGACGCCACAUCUCAUGCGAAGUUUGCGACCACUCGGUUACUGGAGGAUAUGAUCCAAUUCUGAAUCAGGUUGUAGUUUGUCAGAAUACUGCGAGAUAUCAAGGCCUAAUCCAAGGUGUUCUUACCCACGAACUUAUCCACAUGUUUGACUACUGUCGAAAUAAAAUGGACUUGACGGAUGCGAAACAUUUGGCCUGCACGGAAAUUCGUGCAGCAAAUUUGGCUCACUGCUCUUUCCUCUCAGCGUGGACGUACGGUUCUGCAUCUCCGUUUAAUAUUAAACAACGACAUCAGGAAUGCGUCAAGCAACGUGCCACAGAUUCCGUCCUUGCGGUACGCGACAUGCCGAAAGAGGAAGCUCGCGAAAUCGUGGAGUCGGUAUUUGACAAAUGCUACGGUGAUCUGGAACCAAUUGGGAGACGGAUUCGGAGAGGAUCAGACGAUAUUAGGAAAGCUUAUAAAGAACGGGUUUAUUACGGAUAUAUUUAAGUUUUGAUUCAAUAGUUUCACUUCUAAGAGAUUUGAGAGUUUUCGUUUUUAUAUAUAAAUAACUAUAAAUCUUCAAAUUUACCGUGCCCUCUUAUCCUACACAACUCUAAUCAUGUAUGUAGUAAGUCUAGUGAGCAGCAGCUAGUCAAACUUGUAGCUGAAACAAUGAAGGAAAAUGUAGGGAUGCGUUGUUAUCAGAAGAAUUGUUAUACAAAAUAAAUUCAAUGUCUUCAAGACAACUUUUUAUUAUUA